AUGUCUCUCUUACAAUCUCUCCUUUCCCAACGCAACGCUUUUGAUCCUUUAUAUGGAUUCUUCUUUUACGACUUGAGUUCUUCAGGAAAUGAUAAUAGUAAUGCCCUGCAGAUGAACUGGAAAGAAACUUCCCAUUCCCACGUAUUCGAAAUCGAUCUUCCGGGACUCACAAAGGAACAAGUCAAGCUUGAAAUCCAUGAAGGAAGGAUUGUCCACGCCUUUUGUGGUGUAGUGAGCGCAGAGAGGAAGCUGGAAGAUGAAGAUGAUGAUCAGAAGGGUGACAAGUGGCACUGCAGGGAGAGGACACGUGGAGGCUUCUUCGUGAGAGAGUUUCGAUUGCCUGACAACUCCAAGGUUGAUGAGAUUAAGGCUUCGAUGAGUGAUGGGGUUUUGGAGAUUGUUGUUCCGAAGCUACAGGAAGUGAAGAAUAAGAAUAAGCAGGUCAAACAUAAGAGGGCAGUUGAGAUUGAUGGAGAAGAAGCUGAUCAUGCAGGAAAUGCUCCCAAAGGACUUGGCCGUUUUGUUUGCUGCAAGGCUUAG